CUGAAAUGAUUAAUAAUUAACGGGUUCAGUAGGUGACUGUUGCGCGAGUUCACUCGUGGACGAUGGGCUGUCGGAGAUUUGCUGCUAUGAAUAAUUUUCGUUUAUCAAGCGAGUCUACAGAUAACCGGAGGACUUGAUCUUACCGAUUGUUUAUGCCGAAAUUAAAUUAAAAUCUCACGUUCAACGAACGAAGACAUGUGAUCAACGCGACAAGUAAAAUGAAUUCUCCGUUGGCUAGAGAUUUAUUUGAGAAAUAAUAUGAAGAAAUUGUCAAGUCGAAAGCCUUAUCUACGCCGGAAAUGGCGACAGUACCAAUAAUAAAGUGUACUUCGAACGAGCGACCGGCCGACAUGAAAUCGACGGAUGAGAAGAAUGGCGAGAGAUCGGAUAAGAAAUUAACGGUGCUCGAGUCGCACGGUUAUGUUCUUGGAAAGACUAUAGGAGCUGGAUCAUACGCCACAGUCAAAAUCGCGAAAUCCGAUCGGCACAAUUGUCAAGUGGCGGUGAAGAUCGUUUCGAAAUUUCAAGCACCCGGCGAGCACCUCACAAAGUUCCUACCCCGUGAGAUCGAGGUGGUCAAAGGCUUGAAGCAUCCGAAUCUAAUUCGUUUUCUACAAGCCAUAGAAACCACUCAUCGAGUAUACAUCGUCAUGGAAUACGCGCAAAACGGUAGUUUGUUCGAUGUUAUACGUCACGACACUUAUAUCGACGAGCUGCGUAGCCGCAGAUGGUUUCGCCAACUUUUAGAAGCCAUUGAUUAUUGCCAUGAGCGUGGAGUGGUGCACAGGGACAUAAAAUGCGAGAAUCUUCUCAUGGAUCAACAGUUCAAUGUCAAACUGUCGGAUUUCGGCUUCGCGCGAGGACAGAUGAAGCCGAAGGAUGGCGAAUGGCCGCUCAGCAUGACCUACUGUGGUAGUUAUGCUUACGCAGCACCUGAGAUCCUGCGAGGUAUCCCGUAUCAGGCUCAGCUCUCCGACAUAUGGUCCAUGGGUGUGGUACUCUACGCUAUGGUUUACGGUCGACUGCCGUUUGACGAAACGAGCCACGCGAUACUAUUAAAGCAAGUGCAAAGCAGAGUGGUGUUUCCUAAACAUCCUAAAGUAUCUCAGCCAUGUCGUUCUUUGAUCGCCCGUAUAUUGGUACCACAAACGGCACGAAUGCGCAUCUGCGUCAUAAGAACCGAUGCCUGGCUUGAGAUGUCCGUCGUCGCUCAAACAUCUAUUAAUGACGGAUUCGCCAAAACAGCGACUGUACAUCCAACGUGUAAGGAACGUGAAGCGUCCGAUGAAGGUGUGGUAUCGAUUACUCCUGCAAUCCUUCAAAGAAUAUUAAAUGAAAGACCUAAGGCUACCGUCGAUGAUAAAACAGAGACUACGAAAAUCGAUUUAAACGCAAAGCUAUGAAACUCAAACAUAAUGUAAACAAAUUCUGUAAAAUUAUUAAAACAAGAUCAUUAAACAAAGCUGUAACUUAA